AUGCCAACUCUAUAUAUGAUUGAGACACAAAAGAUGUUAGUAGUCUGGGAAGCGAAUUGUGCACUUAAAGAUGUUAGAAUUCGGUGGUACGAAAACCGUCCCGAUGAUAAUAUAGGUAUAUUACUUGGCACGUCGAAUAUCCUUAUCCCUUUAAAGUUAGAUGAUUAUCAUCAUGUAUAUAAAGCUAUUAUAGGGCCAUUCGAAAAUAUAUCUAAUUAUGAAUAUGAAAUAAUUCAUAAAGAAAAUGAACAAAAGCCUACAGCCAUCAUUGCUUCACAUUCCUUUCAAUUUUUUCCUGUUUUACCUGACAAUUCUAAUUCAAGUGUUUAUCCUAUAAAAAUAGUGGCAUUUUCUGAUAAUCAAUUUGGCCUCACCGUUUUUAAUCGUCUUGUGAAAUCAGCUUUUCAGCGUCAUACGCCAAAUUUUGUUCUUCAUGCGGGAGAUGCUGUGCAAGAUUAUAAGAACCUUCAACAAUGGCAAACUGAUUUUUAUGACCCCUUGACAAACUAUCAUUUAUCACAACAAGCUCCUGUUAUUUAUGCGCACGGAAAUCACGAUUAUGAUAAACAUAGUGUAUAUGCUUAUACCACUGACAUGCCUUGGUAUUCAUUUACGAUAGCAAAUACACGAUGGAUUGUGUUAGACAGUAAUAUAGAUGACAUUGAGCAGGAUAAAUGGCUUAUUCGAGAACUUUCUUCUUCAGAAACAAAAAAUGCAGAGUUUCGGAUUGUAGUCGUGCACAUUCCACCUUUUGUCGAAUUUUGGGAACCUGGAGCGUGGCAUGACAAAAAUGAAAAGCAUUGGGGCGAAUUUGUACGCACAAGAUUUGUUCCUUUAUUUCGUACAUACGGUGUAGAUUUAGUAAUAAGUGGGCACCAGCAUAAUUAUCAACGUGGACAAUCAGACGGAAUAGUAUACGCAAUUAUUGGCGGAUCUGGAGGCGAGUUGGAUCUUGAAAAUGUAGAGGAUUGGAAAAU